AUGUCUUACCAAAAUACGGCAAAUCACAUCGAGAAUACCCCCUAUAAUAAUUCUACAUCCGGCAUAUACAAUCAGUCGCAAUCUCGUACUCAACGCGUAACAAAUGUUCAAGAGGGAGCAUCAUUUCCCCAGCCUAAGUCAGCUUCUCAAAGUGAUGUUUCCCUAAACGCCUUGAUGGGUCAAUUUGCAAGCAUGUCCCUUCCUACAUCUAAUUUGACACCUGCUUCCUCUCUUAAUGCAGUUCAACCGCUUGUUGGUAGCAACCAGUAUUUUUACAAUCCAGCAGACAAUACAUAUUUGGUUGCACCUGCUGUGUAUCCCACACAGCCUCUAGGUGCAGCCCAAGCUAAUGAAAAUAAUUAUAGCUCAUAUGCUGCCACACUACCAUAUUUUGCUCAGUCUGCAUAUUCUGGAUACGUACCUGGUCUCCAUCUAAUGCCAUAUACUCCAAACAGAGUCAAUUCUGGCUAUUACCCUGAUCGAGCUGAUCUUUUGCAUAAGGAAGUUCCAGGGCUAGAAAAUCGGCGCGGGUCAUAUUCUACGAACGAGUCUGUGCCAGGAACGCCUCACUAUUGCUCGUUUACACAGCGCGAACAAGCCAAGAUUGCUACAGUUGAUCGCUCUCCGUUUGGAUCUACCCCGUCACCUCAAGCGACUCAGCCUACAAUAAAACCCUUACCUUACAAAACAAUUCCUGUAAAUGUUGAUAUUGAUGGCUUAUUACUACAAAAUCCACCUAUACCUCGCGCUGUUCCAGCAGUAUUUACUCCCCGUGAAAAUAUGCGUACUCUGGAUCAAAGUUUAUCAAAUCCCAUUGCAGGCAAUCGAAAUGUUUAUAUUCGUGGCCUUCAUCCGAAUACAGAUGAUGCCACUCUUAUGGCGUAUGCUGCAAGAUUUGGCAGGGUCGAAACCUCAAAAGCUAUAAUUGACACUACAACAGGGGCUUGUAAAGGAUUUGGCUUUGCGAAAUACGCUAAUGUGCGAGAUUCAGAGCUCUGUAUCCGUGGCCUGUACAAACUUGGAUACGAAGUUGGCUUUGCUCGAGAGUCUUUCAAUUCUCGCCUUAAAGCUGAGGGUGAUGAUGGCUCUACUAAUCUCUAUGUAUCUAAUCUUCCAAAGAAUAUGACAGAAGCUGAACUCGGCGCUAUUUUUAUGGAUUAUACUGUUCAGUCAAGUAGAAUUCUACGUGACAGUCAAAAUAAUAGCCGUGGAGUUGGAUUUGCGCGAUUUGAAAGUCGUGAGAUAUGCGAAGAAAUUAUCAAGAAAUUUCAUGGCCAACCCAUUGGAGAGGAAGGCCUUCUCUUACAAGUUCGAUAUGCUGAUACUCCCUCUCAGAAAGAUCUCAAAAGGGUCACUACUGAGCGCCGUCAAUUUCGUACCCAGGAGUAUAAUGUUGGUGCAUAUGGCGCCACUGCGGACAUCUUAGGCUUAUCUUCACCAAUUUCAUCACCUGUUGUCCCUCGUGCAGCUCAAAUUGCGCGUCAUUUUCCCAACUCCAGAUCUAGUGGCUCAUGGAAACGUGAAAGUGAAGAAACUAAUAAGUCACCGGAAAUAUUCAAGGAUCUUAAUUGUCAGGCAAAAGUAGGAUCUAGCUGCGAUAACGCAGAGUGUAAUGCCUUGAAGGUUAUUACAACGAUAUCUGAAGAUGGUUCUAUUGAUGAUAGCGCCACUAUUAAUAACGACUCCCCAAGCGUUGCCUUCGCGAAUUCUAAAUUCUCACCAAUAAAGCGCAAGUCUUGA